ACAAGAAUGUUUGGCACAGACUUCGAAGAUUAUUGCGACUUCAACGACAGCAUUUGCAGCAAUGACUCCGGCAUCGAACGAUCUUACGUUGACCCCUUGAUGACUCCCACUUCUGCAUGCAACACUCCCUUAAAACACAACACAUCCGAUUUAGGAGUCUCCUUAACAUCGUGCAAAGAAUCAAACGUAAGAAGAAAACUAUUUACCGAUGAUCUAGGAUACCGUAUUCCCGAACAUGUUGAAGAUAUUAAAGAGUUUAAUGAGUUUCAACCAAUAAAUAACACAUCAACACCAGUGAAAUCGAAAGAAAGGAAACCAAAGGAUCCAAAUAAGCCGAAGAGGAAGUACGCGAACGGUAAAAACAGAGUAACAAGAUGCAAAAGCCCCACACAAAUCUUACGGAUAAAAAGAAAUAGACGUAUGAAAGCCAACGAUAGAGAGAGAAACAGAAUGCACAUGUUAAACGAAGCUUUAGAUAGAUUGCGAUGUGUUUUACCCACCUUUCCCGAAGAUACUAAAUUGACGAAAAUAGAAACAUUACGUUUCGCGCACAACUACAUAUUCGCUUUGAGUCAAACAUUGGAAUCUCUAGACAAUAUAAACUCAGGGAAGAUACCACCUGGAGAAUAUAACAUGAGCUACGAAAAAUUACAAAGCUUUAACUUUCCUAGUGAUAAGGUAAACAAAGAUGCUUUCAGAGAAAUAUUUUCGCCUAGCAAAACCGAUGACAAUAGUGGCGAUGGCUACAGAAGUUUCCAAGGUUUUAGCAAACCUUUUCCAAACGGAUCGAAUUUUCUACAAACAGCUGAAGGCGUUCUAAUAAAUGUCGGUAAUGUUACUGUCUCCGUCAAUAACAACGGUGGUAACUGCAUAACUUCAACUACCGGUAGUGGAUUCUUUACUAAUCCUUCUAGCUAUGGAGAUGACAUGUUUCAACAAAAUUAUUAUAAUCAACGUACAUACUGUAGCACCAACUACAGUGAAAGUUACGAUCCUGGUAUACAAAAUGACUCCAAAGAAUACUUUAACCAGAAAAACUAUGAAAUAUUUAAGAAUGCUUUUGAAACAGCCAAAAAUAGAAAACCACCAAGUGAUUAUGCAGCUAACUAUACUAACUUUACAAAUUAUAAUCAAAACAAUGAUAAAUAUAAUUAUGGAAACGAUGGAUAUUAUUGCAAUAGCAGCUAUUACUACAAUGACCAAAGAUAUGUAGGUAAAGACGUUUAUAGGUGCCCUAGUGUCGUGAAUGCUCGAAUUUAAUAUAAUUUUGUAUCUAUUUUAUAGUUUCCAAUUAUGUAAUUGUAAAAAGACCUAGUCAUUUAGUAAAAAUUAAGAUAUUUGUGAAACUUGUUUAGGACAAUAAUAAUGUAAUCCUAUGAUGAUUUACCAAAGUUUAUAAAAAUCUAGUCAUAUCAAAAAUGUUGUGAAAUAUAUUAUAUUUUUUUAUAUUUGUA